AAAUUGUGUCCCAUUGUCGGAGAUGAUCUGCUGGGGGACGCCAAACCUUGUGAGGAUGUUCUUGAGGACGAAGUGACGGCACUUUGCCUCUGUGAUGCUGGCGAGGGGUUCAGCCUCCACCCACUUGGUAAAGUAGUCGACGGCUACGAUGAUGUACCUGUUGUUGGAGGUGCCCCUCGGCAGAGGGCCCACAAGGUCUAUCCCCCAUCGAGAAAAAGGGACAGAUGUGCUGAUGGGGGCAUAGUUGACCGCUGGCCUGCCGGGGGCUUUCUGGAAAUGUUGACAUGCGGUGCACCUCCGGGCAAGGUCAGCACAAUCCCUGGCCAUGGUUGGCCAGAAGUAGCCCUGGAGAAUGAGCCUUCGGGACAUGGAGAAGGGUCCCUGGUGAGCUGAGCAAGUGCCACUGUGCACCUCCUCCAUUGCGACCUCGGCUUCAUCUGGAUGAAGGCACCGAAGUAGCGUGCCAUUGUAAGAUCGUUUGUAGAGCCUUCCAUCUUCGAUGGUGUAGCUGGGAGCCCUCAGCUUUGCCAGUUUAGCACGGGCCUCAUUCUCGGGUAUCUGCCCUGUGGAGAUGAAGGUGGUGAUAUCUGAGAUCCAAUCCUCCUGACGUUGUUGUAUGUUCAUAACGGGGCUCGCAUGGAUGCUUGAGAGGCUGAGUUCCUCGAUUUUGGCAAUUUUGGAGAUGUGCUCGGGGGAGUCGGCCAAGAGCUUAGAUAAUAUGUCGGCCUCGGAGUUCUGAGCCCUCGGUAUUUGAGUGAGGGAGUGUGCCUCAAAUACCUUAAGCAACUCCUUGGCCGCUUCCUUGUACUGUUUCAUUCUCCCCUCCUUGGCCUCAUAUUCUUCGGAGAUUUGGCCAACGACCAACUUGGAGUCACAUUUGAUGUGGAUCUGCCGAGCCCUCAUGUUGGCAGCCAGCCGAAGGCCACAUAGGAGGACCUCAUAUUCGGCCUCAUUGUUGGAGACUUUGAAGGAGAAGCGGAUGGCAUAGUAGGCCCUGAAGCCCUCGGGAGUAAUGAGGACUACCCCUCCCCCGCAUGCUUUGGUCGCGGAGGAGCCAUCAGUGUAGAGGGUCCACCAGUCGUCCGAGGUAGCCGAGGGCUCCCCGUCCGUUGCUGCCCUUGCGGUACACUCCGUCACAAAGUCCGCCAGGGCUUGGCCCUUGAUGGCAGGCCUUGGGCGGAUGUCAAUGUUGUACUGGCUCAAGAAGAUAGCCCAUUUAACCAUGCGGGAGGAGCUGGUGGGGCUCCUCAUGAGGGCGCCGAGGGGUUGAUGAGUGAGGACCUGAACCGGGUGAGCCUGAAAGUAGUGGCCCAACUUUUUAACAGUCCAAACGAUGGCUAGCACCGUUUUUUCCACAGGGGAGUACCUGAGCUCGGCCUCCCUUAGGGUCUUGCUAACGUAGAAGAUGGCAUGUUGGAUGCCGUCUUCCUCCCGGAUGAGCACAGAGCUGAUGGCCGCCGGGCUAACCCCAAGGUAGAGUUAGAGGGUCUCCCCUACCUUGGGUUUGGAGAGCACAUGAGGUGAAGAUAGAUAUCUUUUGAGCUCGUCGAAAGCCCCCUGGCAUUCUGGAGUCCAUAGAAAGCCAGCCGUCUUCCUCAUGAUCUGGAAGAAGGGUAGAGAUUUUUCCGCCGAUUUAGAUAGGAAGCGGUUGAGGGCUGCCAGGCGGCCCGUCAACCGUUGAACUUCCUUCACAUUGCGUGGGGGCUCCAUGUUGAUGAUGGCCUGGAUUUUCUCGGGAUUGGCCUCAAUACCCCUUCGGCUCACCAUGUAACCCAAGAACUUGCCCCCUUGGACGCCGAAGGUGCACUUCUUCGGGUUUAGCCGAAGGUUGAAUUUUUGCAUGAUGGCGAAGAUUUCCCGGAGGUCGUCAGCAUGGCUGGAAGAUUGUUUGCUCUUGACGAUCAUGUCGUCAACAUAGGCCUCCAUGGUGCGCCCUAGGACGGCUUGAAAGACCCGGGCCACCAUCCGGGUGUAAGUGGCCCCCGAGUUCUUUAGGCCGAAGGCCAUCACUAAGUAGCAGAAGAUGCCCUCGGGAGUCAUGAAGGCAGUUUUUUCGGCGUCUUCCUCGUGCAUAAAAAUUUGGUGAUACCCUCGGAAGGCAUCGAGGAAGGACAUGAUCUCACACCCUGCGGUCUCAUCCACCAAUUGAUCAAUGUUUGGUAGAGGGAAUGGAUCCAUAGGGCAUGCUUUGUUGAGAUCAGUGUAGUCCACGCACAUGCGGAAGGUAGGGGGCUUCUGUGCGAGGACUACAUUCGCCAGCCAUGAGGGAUAUUUCACCUCCUUGAUGUGCUUAAUGGAGAGGAGCAUGGCGACCUCCUUCUUCACAAAUUCCCUCCUCUCGGCGGAGAGGGGUCUUCUUCGUUGUUGCACCGCUUUUGCCGAGGGGUCCACCGAGAGGCGGUGGGUGAUGACCCUUCGGCUAAUUCCCGGCAUGUCCUCCGGCCCCCAUGCAAAGACAGUGGAGUAGGCGCGGAGGGCGUCGGUGAUACCGGUCUUAAAAUCUUCAGGGAGCUGGGCUCCAAUCUUCACGACUCUCUCCGGCUGGGCCGGAUCGAGCGCAAAGUCUUCUACGUCCUCGGCCGGUUCAGCCCUCGGCCUUCUUUCCUCUUGGUCGACGGUUCCGGUGAUGGUGUCAACACGGAGUUCCGUCUUGCUUACCUUCUUAGUGACCUGAAGAUAGCAGGCGCGGGCAAUUUUCUGGUUCCCCGGGAGUAGCCAAUGCCCCCCUCGGCGGGAAACUUGAGGCAGAGAUGCCUCAUGGAGAUGAUGGCUUCGAGGUCCUCGAGGGCUGGCCGGCCGAGGAUGAUGUUGUGGGCGCAGUCAAUGUUGACGACGACGAACUCCACCUCGAGCUGGGCUCUAUGGAGCCCGUCGCCGAAGAUCACCGGGAGGGUUAUUACCCCCUCGGAAUCAAUAGUGUCGCCGGUGAAGCCGGCAAGAGGGGUCUUAAUGGGCCGAAGGGACCCCCUCUCCAGAUGCAGCUCUCUGAAGGUGCUGAGGUACAUUACAUUGACAGAGCUGCCCGUGUCAAUGUAAGUUCGGUGAAUAAUGGUGUCGUUCAUCUCCGUACGAAUCACCAAGGCAUCCAUGUGAGGAGAAGAAGUAGGAGGGAGAUCUGCGUUGGUAAAGGUGAUGGGUUCCUCCCUCAGUCGCUUUACCGGGGGCAUAUGAGUGACUUCCCCCACAUACAGCGAUUGAGCCCACUUCUUUCGUUGGCUGGUGGAAUCGCCCCCUGUAUUGCCACCGGUGAUCAUGAGGAUGUGGCGUUUCUUCUCCUGGUAGUGGGGGUACUCCUCCUCCUCUUCUUCCAAGUUUUCGAUCUCCCUCUUCUUGCUGAGGGGGAUGGUGUUCGGAUUUACCCAGGCAUUUACCUUUGUAUGGUGCCCUCGGGGAGGUCCCUGAUGAGAAGGUCCCUCCUGCCGAGGGCUCUCGACAAACUGGGACAGGUGCCCCGCCUGUAUUAAUCUCUCGAUGGCCGUCUUCAGUUGAUGGCAGUCAUCGGUCCUGUGCCCCUGGUGCCGAUGGAAGCGACAGUAGGGGAACUGAGGGUUGAUAGCGUGUACCUCCGGGGGUGCGCGAGAGUCGCGCUCAACGAGGCCCCUCUCCUCGGCAAAAUCGAGGAUGAUGCUGACGGGGUGCGUCAAUGGUGUCCGAGGGCGGUCCAGGAGAAUGGGCUGGGCCCAAGUCUUAGGGUUGCUCUUAUAACCUCCCCCGGGCUUGGAUUGGCCUUGCCGAGGGCGGUCAUCAGAGGGUCCCGGAGCCUUGGGGCGAUUUGGAGGAGCCCCCGGCCCUCGGUUAUGCCUGUUGUCAGCCCUCGGGGGCUGCGGGUCCGGAUGUUGGUGAUACUUCUCCACCUCCUCGGCCUCAGCAUUUCGGUCCCCCCGCUGCAAGGCCCUUAUGUAGUCGCAGGGGGGUUCAAUGAUGAGGCUCCUUGAAAAGUUGCCGGUGCGGAGGACGGUUUGUAGGAGGGCCAGGAGGGUCCCGUCAUCAGCGCCGUCGACUUUGUCGGCCUCCGUCCUCCAGCGCUCCAGGAAAUCCCGAAGGGUCUCAUCCUUCUUCUGGCGUAUUGUUAGGAGGUGGGAGAAGUGCUUCCUUGUGCGACGCCUCCCGGCGAAUUGUGUCAAGAAUCGUUGGGCGAGUUCUUGCCACGAAUCAAUGCAGCCCUCGGGCAGCCUAUUGAACCAUUCGUAUGCUGGUCCCUCUAAGGUGGAGAGGAACCAACGACACAAAUAUUCGUCUGAUGCCCCCACCAUCAUCAUGCUGUUCUGGUAUUUGUUGUAGUGCUCCUGGGGGUCCGUUUUCCCGUUGUAGGGCUGUAUGUGUUGCCCUCGGUAUUUUUCCGGGAUCCGGGCCGCCAAUACCCUUGGGGUAAAUGGCGUCCGAGUCCGGAGCUGGAUAGCGGGUUCCCCGGAGCUCUCGGCCACCUUCUUUUGUAACUCCUCCAUCUUGGCCAUCAUGGCCUCGUAUUUGAGAUCUGAAUGAGGGGUGGAGGUGGUGGCGUGAGCUUUGUUGGACUCCAUCUCGUCAAGCCGGCGUUGGAGGGCCGCAAUAAUCUCGUCCCGGGGAUCCUUCAGGAGGGUCUCCGCCCCCUGCGAACGAACCCGGGCCGAGUGGGCCUGGUUGAUUUGGUGCCGGGCAUCGUCGGCAUGAAGGGGUGCCUUGCCCUUGUCCCGAGGGGGACGCUCCUCGUCUGCCCUCGAAACAGACCCCCCGCUUUCCUGGGGCCUUUGGAGUGCUUUCCCCCCGAGGCGGUCUUGGACCCCUCGGCGGUCUGGCCCUCCUCCGAGCCGAUUGAGGGCGGAAGUACGGGGCCUUUCCCUGUUGUCAUUAUGGCGGUCCCAGGACUGAACUUCCUGGGAGGAUGUUUCUUGGGCUACCACCCCUUCGUCGUUUCUCACCCGAUGGGCGGGAUUUCCGAAGGGGUGUGGCAGAGGGGGAAGUAUGAUAUUUUCCCCGACCUGAGGGUGAGCUGGAGCCAGGGUGUCGAAGGCACCCGGGUUCUGAGUGAGCGUUUGGAUGAAGGCGGAGAGCGCCGAUUGUACGUCGAUGGUGAGAACCGGAGGGCUGACUUGGUCAUCGCUCCGGUUUUUCUUCUUGGCCUCGAUGCCGAGGCGGGCAUCGGGGGCGUUUUGUUGGAUCUGAAGGCGUAGGUCGACAGCCGCCUGUUCCAGCCCAGCGAUGACACCGCCCUCGGGAGCCCUGUGAGAGGCUUCGGGGGCGUUGACAUCGCCGAGGGGCAGGUUCUUGUCUUCUACGUUCUUUGAGUUGGCACGUGUUGUCCUCUCCAUUUUGAUAGAGGGCUAGUGUUUUGUGUUUGGUCGAGGAAGAGGGUUUCUUACUCGAUUGUUCAACCUCUCAACGAGAGCACCAAAUGAUGGAUACUCUACCCGGGGGUAUAUAUCCGAAGAGUUAUUACGGGGAGUAACUUAGAGAGAAGUCAGAGCAAGUAAGUAAAAGUAGAGAGAGAAAAUGUAUUAUAAAUGCGGAGUGUUUUCAGCGUGUUAUGACUUGGUUACAAAUGGGGAAAAGGGGUGCUAUUUAUAGUAGCAAUAAAUGCCGGGCAGGGACACGUGUCAAGCGCUCAUUGGCCGAGGGGUCACCUCAACUGGUUGGCGCUGGCAGCCGCAUGUGGCCGCAUUUAAUUCGGCUGUUGGAUGGGACGUCUGUGCGGGGUACGGUGAUCUGUACGCAUGUGAGGCGGAUAUCUUGUCGAGUGAGAUGCUUUCGGCUAUAGAGCAGUAGCCGAGGGCUCUUCCACCCGAUGGCACCCCUGGUGCCGAGGGCUCACAGUGCCGAGGGCUGCCGUUUUCGCCGUUUUCUCCCAGUUUCUUAGUUUGCUUGAGAAACCCGUUCUGUGAGAAUUUGGAGCCUUCGGCCAGGGGGCCGAAGGCACCCCUGGCGCGUAGUGCGGACUGGCUGGUACUCUGGGCGCUGUGAUUUGGGCCCGUUGGGCCUUCUGGGUCUGUUGGGCCUUCGCUGGAGUAGUAGGAGUCUGUGGGCCGGGGGUUCCCGGGCCAUAUACUCCAUCACAAGCAUAUAGGCUGCCCAUGGAAGAUAAAUCUUAGAAAGGUAAUGAACUCUCAUUCUUGGAGGAUUUUACAGUACCAUGUCACACAUGAAGGUUUCUCUUGGGUCUAUCACAACAAAAUGGUGAACUCAAGCAAGGUAGCAAAUAGGUGGUUCAAGGAGAUUGAGGGUCACUCAAACUGGAAAACCAAAGAAUUUAGACAGAAAGUAUGUACUGAAGAACGCUUCCAUUUGAGUCUCAGGCAAGCUUAUAGAGCAAUAAGUAAGGCUAAGAGAAAACUGAAAGGUGAAGAAGAAGAUUACUUCAAGAAGAUAUGGUCAUAUGUGGCUGAAAUAAGGACCAAUCCCGGAAGCACAUGUGUUGUGAAAUUGAGUGAAAAUGUAGAAGUGGAUGGACAUCAAAGAUUUCUGAGGAUGUAUAUGUGUUGGGAAGCAUGCAGGGAAGGAUUUAAACAGUGUAGAUUAGUGCUUGGGGUUGAUGGGACCCAUCUGAAAACAGCUACUGGGGCCAGCUUUUAGUUGCAAUCGGAAUUGAUGCAAAUAAUAGCAUCUUUCCACUAUCUUAUGCUAUUGUUGAGGGUGAAAGUAGUGAAUCCUGGGCUUGGUUCUUGAACCUUGUGAAGAGGGAUGCUGAUAUCACAGAAGCAAAUGAGCAUGUUUUCACUUUGAUGUCAGACAAGCAGAAAGGGCUAAUUCAAGUUGUGAAUGAAUUGUUACCCGGUGUUGAGCAUAGAUUUUGUGUGAGGCAUCUACAUGGCAACAUGAAGGCUGUAGGUUUUACUGGGAAAGCCAUAAAAGAUUGUAUUUGGGAAUGUAGGAAGGCAUGCACUAUUAACUCUUAUAAAGUUGCCCUAUCCAAAUUCAAAGAAAUUGAUGGGCAAGCAUUUGAGUGGCUGGCAGACAAGCACCCCAGAGAAUGGUCAAGAGCACACUUCUCAACUCACUCCAAAACUGACAUGUUGACCAACAACAUUUGUGAGUGCUUUAACAGUGUCAUACUUGAGGCCAGACAACAAGCCCUUUUGGUGUGUCUAGAAAGUAUCAGGAAACUACUUCUAACAAAGUUGUUCACUAGCAGGAUCAAGGCAAGGAAGUGGUCUUCAAAUAUUUGCCCUAGAAUAGCCAAGAAAAUCCAAGACACUGAGAAGUUAGCUGCAAGUUUGAUUGGAUAUCAGUGUGGUGACAAUGAUUUUGAGAUAAUGGGAAGUCAUGGCAACCAACAUGGUGUGAAUUUGGAGAAGAGAACAUGCACUUGCAAGCAGUGGGACUUAACUGGGAUCCCCUGCAAGCAUGCAAUCUGUGCUAUAUGGCUGAAAUUUGGAAAAGGCCAUGUUGAUGCAUAUGUCCACCCAUGUUAUUCCAAGGACACCUAUUUGAAGAUCUAUGGAGGGUCCAUAAAGCCAAUGGCAGGCCCAUAUGACUUGCCUUGGUCUGACAGACUUCCCCCUCUUCCACCUGUAUAUGCUGCUAGAGCUGGAAGGCCAAGAAAACUAAGGAGGAAAUCUGCAGUAGAUUUGAGCACAAAUGGUGUCCGAGUUGCAAGAACACAUAUCAAAUUGCAUUGUUCAAAGUGCAAGAAGGCUGGUCACAAUGUUAGGAGAUGUCCGGAUGAUCCUAACAACAAGGAAAAGCUGCUGCAACCUAGAAAAAGAAAUAGGAAACCAAAGAGCAAGCAAAGUGUUGGAGUGCAUGAUAGAAUUGAGGAGCCUAGGGAUGAGGGGGUUGCUACAGAGGAAACCUUUGGUGAUCACACCAACCUUUAUGAUGACCUCAACCUCAUUGACAUUACCAUGCAGUCUGCUGAAGGAGCAAAUUUUGCAAGUCAGGUUCCUAUUGUUGUGAGUAUAGAGGACAUUGCUAUGUUCACUCAAGAGACACAGGUCAGUCAAGACUCAGAAGAGAGCAAAGAAGAAACCUUAGAAGGGAGCAAACAAGAUACCAAAGAAGAGAGCCCCAAAGGAGAGAGUGAAGAGGUUUCAGAAGAAGAGACUGUUGGGACAUACCAGAGGACAAAAAAAGGGGUUAGGAUAUGUUAUGGACCACCCCCUUGUCAAAAGAAGAGCAGAUCAAAUGUAGUCAAAGCACCCAAACUCAGCAUUAAAAGGGGACCAACCUAUGCUACUAGAUCCAAAACAACUUUCAAAUCAGUCUUCUUUGGAAAUGAUGAUGACCCCAUUGAUAUACAUUAGUGGGUGGACUAAAAUGUGUAUUCAUGAUGCUACUUUGAUGAUGUAAUGUAAUGUAUUACCUUUUUAGCUUUUUGGAAGUGACUGUAUUGCUAAAGCUUCUAUGUUUUUGAGAUACUUUGGCUAUUCAUGAUCACAGUGUGAUCAUGUAAUGUAUGGAUUGGCAUUUUGGUUGUCUAUGAUAUCAGGUUUUUGGAUGAUCUCAUGUAAUGCAUGGAUUAGCAGUUUGGUUGUGUAUGAUCUCAUGUAAUGUAUUAACAGGUUGUUAAGUAACUUCAAACAUUGGUAGUG